GGCUAAUCCCUCAUCCACUCGGGCUUCUAACAGCGUUGCACACGUCCUCCAUCGGUAAACAUAUGGAAGGACAUCGGGGCGCUCGGUGCUAUUUGUUAUGAUGUGUGAACUGUCCUUCAGCAAACUGUAUCUGAGCACGAUGAGCGGCUCAGCUUUAUUCGAAUAGCGUGUCAUUUUAAUCAUGAACGACAACGUCAUGCCACAGCAGGAGCUCUUCCUGGAAUCACCGCCGGCGGGUCCUGGUGCGAGUGAAGCCGGGGGAGGGAGCAGGAGCAGAAGCCGCCUGGGUCUCAUCGUCACGGGGGUGCUGGGAGGCUCGCUGGUCGCCCUGUACGCUGUGGCCGCUCCGUUUGUCGCCCCAGCCCUGAGAAGAAUCUGCCUCCCGUUCGUCCCAGCGACCACAGCCCAGGUGGAGAAUGUCCUGCGGGUGCUGCGGGUCGGAUCGGGCUCUCUGGUGGACAUAGGGAGCGGAGAUGGAAGGAUAGUGAUAGCAGCAGCCAAGCAUGGCUUUCAGGCAUCAGGCUUUGAGCUGAACCCCUGGCUGGUGUGGUAUUCCCGCUACAAGGCCUGGAGGGAAGGAGUUCACUCCUCUACCUCCUUCCAUAUCUCUGAUUUGUGGAAGGUCAGUUUUGCUCAGUACUCCAAUGUUGUCAUUUUUGGAGUCCCUCAAAUGAUGGACCAGCUGGAGCUGAAGCUGGCAAGCGAGUUGCCGAGCUCAGCCAAGGUGGUGGCCUGCCGCUUCCCCUUCCCUACCUGGGUCCCUGAACAUACAGCAGGGGAAGGCAUAGACACUGUAUGGGUGUACAAUGCCAAGACAUUUAAAUCACAACUGCAACAAGGAAUGACAAGAGAGACAAUGACAACAGCCCAAGAGGACACAUGAGAUGCACACACACAAGUGCAAACCAUUAGAUUUGGUUGUGAAGCUGUCAUUGGGAAUUGUAAUCAUAUGAACUGUUUUCAUGUUUGCAAAGGAGGUUUCUGUUCUUGGAUACAGCUGCAAUUGCUGGAAGAGAUUAAAGCACUUAAAUAACUAAUUAUGACCAGAUUUAUUAGUAAAAUAAAAAGUAGGAAAGUUGCCUGCCUAAAACUUGUUAAGAUGUAUAUAUGCAUUUAUUAUUUGACACAGGAUGCUCAACACCAAACCAGGGAUCCAAUGGUGAUGACUUGAGAAACUUCCUGGUUGGACAAAGUGGCACUAACGAUUAAUGAUUGCAUUACAUAACUUUAUUAUGUCAUAGACGGUGUAUUGCAAAUUGCACUGUUUAUAUUCUGAAUGAUGUAACAAGCUGGUCUCAUGGAAAAUUGCUCACCACGUUAUUUUUGAAUGGUACCACACAGAAAAUUCUUGCCCUGCAUCCUGUUUUUAGGCUUGUGUUAUUACCUCUGCCAAGAAGGUUAUGUUUUCAUCUGUGUUUGUGCGUCUGCCUGUUAGCAGGAUCACACAAAAACUGCUAAAAUAAUUCCCAUGAAAUUGGGUAGAUGGGUGAGGCAUGACCCAAUGAACCCAUUACAUUUUUGGACCUUUUAAUGUGUCAGGUUAGUUUCUCAUUUAACAGAAUUCCAGAAAAACUACUCGAUGAAUCACCCUGAAACUUAGUGGAAGGACAAGUUAUGAAUCAGUAAAGAAACCAAUAUAUUUUGGUGUGGAUCUGGAUUAGAUGUAGGAUUUUCUGUUCACACUGCCAGAUAGGGCAUUAUUAGUUCUCAGACAAUAAUUCUUGGAUCUUGGGGAAAGAAUCAGGCAUGUUGAGGACAAAUAUGAGUACACUUCACCUACCCCUCCAUCGGCAAACAAUGUUGCAACCAAAUCCAAAACAAUUGUAUAUAUAUUUUAUUAUGUCACUUAUAACCUGCUCAUAUUAAAUAUUAUCUAAAAAAAAAAUCCUUUAGAGGUGACAGAUAUUUCACCUUACUGUCU